AGCGUUGUUCUCUUUUAUUUGAACAAGAAAAAAACGCCAUGCUGCUUUGGAGGUCUCGAUUGGUGGUGGGUUUAGAAUGCUCUUUUGAUUUUAGAUGCGAGCUCUGAAUUUUCACGCUGGAGGUUAGCCUCGGCAAGCAAAUACAUGGGGCGGCUCAUUAUCACUCCCUAGCCAAGGCCUAUAGGGGGUGUCCCUGUUGUUUAGGGCUAUUGCUGGGCUGUAUAUUAGCAUGUUUUGUUGAUGGGAAGUAUAGUUUGCUUGGGAUUUAGAUAGGCUUAUGGAAAGUAGGUCAAAAGUUGAUUUUUUUAGGCCAGCCGAUUUUCUAGAGGUCAUAGUGCUCACAGCAUUCCCAUUCUAGAUCAUGGGUGUCAUGUUUGUGAUUCUGAAGUGUUCAAUUAAAUGUUCAAAUGAAUAGGCUUAUUGCUGGUAAAGUAUGACCUGUGGUGGGAUUAUAAACAAUAUACGAUAUCUUGUUUGCAGUUAACAGUCUGGUAUUUUUAUGAACCCUUCUUAUAUAUUGCAUUUUAUGGCCCCAUGGAUAUCACUGUGGAGCUUUCCCCCCUCUGGGGAUGGGGCAAUGGACUGAGCCAGAGUAGGAACAUUAUAAAGGCACGAGAGAGCGGUUGAUGUGUCCUCUCAGUUAGAACGCCGGUAGAAGUAGAAGCCCAGAACUCUGCUCUGUACAGAUAGCACAACCAUGGUUCAAACAGGAAUUCUCUUGGGAUAUGGCAACCCACUGCUGGAUAUCUCUGUCCAAGCUUCAAAGGAUUACCUUGAUAAGUAUGAUCUGAAGGCUGACAAUGCUAUCCUUGCGGAGGACAAGCAUAAACCAAUGUACAAAGAAAUGGCAGACACCUUCCCAGAUGUAGAGUACAUUCCAGGAGGAGCUACUCUCAACUCCAUCAGAGUUGCACAGUGGCUUCUCAAAACACCAAAGGCUACAUCUUUCUUUGGCUGUAUUGCCCGCGACGAAUUUGGAGACAUCUUGACAAAAGCAGCCAAUGCUGCUGGUGUGGAUGUCAAGUUCCAGUACACAAAAAAAGAGCCUACCGGUACAUGUGCUGUAGUGUGCACAGACAAAAACAGAUCUUUGGUCGCCAAUCUGGCUGCUGCAAAUUGUUUUACAGAGGAGCAUCUUGAUGACCCAUCAAAUUGGGCGGCUGUAGAAACUUCCAAGUUCAUUUAUUUUGGGGGUUAUCCUCUGACAGUCUGUCCUGAUGCCAUGGUUAGGAUAGCCAAAUAUGCAGCUGAGCAGAACAAAGUUGUGCUUAUGAACACGUCUGCACCAUUCCUGUGCACUUUUUUCAAGGAUGCUAUGUUGAGGAUGCUUCCGUAUGCUGACUACUUUUUUGGCAAUGAAAGUGAAGCUGAUGAAUUUGCAAAGGCCAAUGAUCUUGGGACCACAGACAGGAAAGAAAUUGCCAUGAAGAUGGCCAACUGGGAGAAGGUGAACUCUUCCAGGAGCAGGACUGUAGUCAUCACUCAAGGAGCAGACCCUGCCUUAGUAGUUGCUGAUGGUCAGCUUAAGGAAUACCCUGUGAUUCCCAUCAAAGAAUCUGAGAUUGUUGACUCCAAUGGGGCUGGUGAUGCUUUUGUUGGAGGCUUCCUGGCUCAGCUUGUUCAAGGUCAGUCUUUGGACGAGUGCAUGAAGAGUGGUCACCGUGUGGCAAACAUCAUCCUGCAACGACCAGGCUGCACAUUCCCUGAGCAGCCUCCUUCCAGUUAAUGCAGAUGGUCUUUGUGAUAUUAUCAUUAGUUAUUUAGUCAGUUUUGAAAAAAUAAGUAAUUUUGGGACAGCUUGGGAUAACAAGAACUCAUUUUAUUGGGAGUCAGGUGGUUUAAGCUUUGAAAGAAGGGAGUAAUUUUUUUCAUGAAUUGCAAUCCAUCCUCCACAUUUAAACACAGAAGCUUUCCAAGUGGUGCUUUGAAGCUCAUGUUUGCAUGUCAGCAUUUUUACACGCUUCAUUUGUACUCCUGUUAAAUAAAAAAAUAGCUGUUAGUUAGCGGUUGAUGAUUAAUUUGUUGACAGCUAGACAUUUAUGAUGGACAGCUAGGCAUUUAUGAUGUUUCAUCUUAUGUUUGUUUUUGAUGUGAUGUGUGACAUUGCGAGAUGUGUGUGUGUGUGCGUGUGUAAAAAAUUGUUUUUAUUUUAUGCAAGUUGUCUGUGUUAGUGCUGAUGAUUGCAACAUAUUUUAUAACAUCAUUAAAUAAAGAUUACAUCUAGUAGAAAUCAACCGAUGUUUUGGAAACAUGGCAAUUCCAGCAGCUUGUUUUUUUUUCUUUGUUCUCUUGUUGAUGUGGACAUUAGAUAUAAAUGCACAAAGUAAUGUACACAUGUGGCAAGGCAAUCAGUCAGUCACAAUCACACUGUUAUAUUCUGCAUUACAUUUCUAACAUUUCCUUUUUUUUUUUGGUCAUAAUGUUGGGAUGCUGUGUAUUGUAUGAUACUGUGCAGUAUGUCUGAUGACAUAUAUAUAGGCUAUGUGGUUAGUGUAAGCUGAAUUUUUUUUACUGUUACUGUUAGUGUAGUCCUCUGUUGAUUUUCUGCGUAUUUCAUGACAUGGCUCUUUACGAAGUGUUCUUAUUUUUUUUCUACAUAAAAACAUUGUUUUCCACGGUA